AUGGACAGGAAAUUAAUUAUCUUUGCUGGUCCUUCCGGAGUGGGCAAGGCGACGAUUGAAGCGAAACUUUUUGCCGACCCCAGUUUGAAGUUGAUGUUUUCUUGUUCGGCCACGACGAGGCCGCCGCGUCUAGGCGAGAUCCAAGGUCGCCACUACUACUUUCUCAGCGAGCAGGAAUUCGACGAAAAAAUCAAAAAAAACCAAUUUUUUGAAUGAAAUAAACACUUUUUUCACAAAUACGGGACUCUCAAGAGCGAACUGGAAAGGAUCAAUAAACUCGGUUACAUACCCUUUUUAGAAAUUGACGUUGAGGGAGCAAAACAAAUCAUCAACCGUCACUCCCGCGAAUACCAUUUAAUCACCAUCUUCAUCAUGCCACCUUCGGUCAGCGAACUGGAGCGAAGAAUCCGCGCCCGAGCGACCGAAAGCGAACUCCAACUCCAGGAAAGACUGGUUCGCUACAACAAAGAAAUUGAGGACAGCAAAUUUUUUGACCACGUGAUUGUCAACGAUGAUUUGGACAAAGUUGUCGCUACAAUUAGAGAGAUAGUGCAACCAAAGUAA